GCUGCCGCCUCGUUCUCCUCCUCCCAACAAUAGCAGGCCCCGAGUCGGGCCGUGAGGGCGGGAGGAUGCGCAAAGGGGGCCGAGGCCUCUAUCGCAGAGAAGGGGUCGAACUCGAUCCCCACGCCACCUGUAUCUCUGGGCCGGCUGUGGGGCGGAGAGGGUAGGCACGACUAAGGCAGGCUUGGGAAACUGGCCAGUCGCUGUGACUGCUUCAGGAGUCUUGGGAAAAGGAAAUGAUGUCUGAAACCAAGCUACAGGGUGAGAUGAAGCCAGACGGAAACAGCAGUGAGCCACUGACCACCCAGGAGCUGCUGCAGAGACUCCGGGAACUGGAGACGGAGAAUUCAGUUUUGGCACAAGCCAAUGAGAACCAACGGGAGACCUAUGAACGUUGCUUGGAUGAGGUAGCCAAUCAUGUGGUGCAGGCGUUACUGAACCAAAAGGACCUUCGUGAGGAAUGCAUCAAGCUAAAGAAGCGGGUCUUUGACCUUGAGCGGCAAAAUCAGGCAUUGAACGAUCUCUUCCACCAGAAACUGACGUCUGGCUCACUGUCCCAGCUACCUCCCCAUCCUGCUUCCUUGCUCUCUGAUCCAGUGUCCAGUUCCCAGUCAGACAUGGUAGAGAAACUCCAGGCCUCCCUUCCUCCAGGACACUGCAUUUUGCAGAGAGAGGACAUCUCAGAGGAGCAGCGUAUUGGCACCCCUGGGCCCAACUCCCAGGCCUUGGAGGCUCUGUCUCCAUUCCUGCGAAAGAAGGCCCAGAUCCUGGAGGUGCUUCGCUCCCUGGAAGAGAUGGACCCCCUGCUUUCCUUUCCUGGGCCAUGGAGAGACCCCAGGCAGUCUAUUUCCCCGGAAGGCGUGACUGCUGAAGCCUGGCCGUGUCUGCUGCUGGGCCAGGGAGAAUGUGUGCCUGGGCAGCUUCCACCCAAAGGAGAGGGCAGCUCCUCCUCCUCCUCAGAUGAGGCUGGCGAAUCGGAUCCGCCUGAGAAAGGACAUUCUGGGCAGGUGCUGCUGAGCACUCUAGCCGAGCACAAGUUGGACUUGGGGGAAGUGGAGACUUACCUGCAGCAUGUCCUUCGGGAGGCAGGAGAGAAUGCCCUGCUCAAUGGGGAACCCGGUGGGCCCUGCCUGAUGGAAAGCUCUGGGGGCCAGGUCAGCAGCUACAAGCACAUCCAGGCUGUCAGCUGCCUGGAAGCCUUAGGGCCUCCUUCUGCUUGCAGGGAGCCAGCCUGCCUUGCCGCCUUAGCCCCAGGAGAGGGCAAGAACAAAUCCUGGCAGGGCCCUCCCAUCCCCUCACCCUCCAAGGUGCUCAAAUUACUGAAAAUGCCACCGCCGCCCAGCCCUGCUGCUCUGCGUCUCAGCCCCCAGCUUACUCGCAGUUCCAAAAUCCCGUGUCGUAGCAAUACAUACGAGGUGUACCAUUCUCCUGCACCCAGCCGGAAGGGUUCCCCUGAUAGUCCCUUCCCCACUGACCCUGCCUUUGCUGCAGGGCAUCCCUCCCCCAAGGCUAGUCGGCACCUUGUUCCCGUGCCACCCAAAGUCACACCAACCUCCCCAGACCCUUUUGGCUACCACAAGCCCCAUGAGUAUGAGAACAUCUUGGAGCUGUCCCUCAGCAGUGCUAUGGGCUCUCAUUCUCACCUGCCACGAGAGGCCAAGCCGGAUCCAUCUGAAGCACCCCCGCCCGCCUGCCGCUCAGCACCUCUCCGGACAGUGCCCCCCAGUGAGGGUUCUCUGGAACCUGGCCUGUUUGUUGGGGGACGGGAGAAGGCGGGGGCAGAGGGCCGGAACUCUCCACCUCUUGCUCGCCGAAACACAGAGGGCUCCAAGAAGGUUGCAAAUGGCCCAAGCAAGCGAGCGCCUGAGGGGGCCAACAUGCCCUUCAAGGAGCGACUCACUGUGCUUGGGAGGCUGAAAGGCACUGAGGGAAAGGAGCAGGCAAACUCUGAGAAGGGGAAGGCUCCCGCCCGACCCUGUGAGCGUUCAGAGAGCUUUGCUGAGGCCCACCCUAGGCUGGGCACUGGGAGCAGCAGCCUGAAGCACCAUGAGCCUUGCCACACUGUGGAACCCACCCCUCGGUGCUACUCCUCACACUCGGUCGGCUCCCGCGGGAGUGACCCCGAACAUCACGGCUCCAAGAACCGUCAACUGGGGAUGCCGGCCACGAGGAACUCUGUCAAGGCCCCGACCUCAGGGAAGAAUGUCAAGAGCCCUCACGGGAGUCCUACCAAGUUACCGUCUAAAUCUCCCACCAAGGCCCCUGUGCCGGAGCCCAAGCCAUGCUUGCCGCCUGCCAAACCUCUCACCACCAGCAUGGGGCGCAAGAACCCCCCUGGCCCAGACCCUGCCAAGACCAAACCCGGACUGCCCGCAAGCAUUGAAGAAAAAGUGAUGAAGGGCAUCGAAGAGAAUGUUCUGCGACGCCACAAAGGGGGGCCUGUGGCUGGUGAGGCAAAGCAGAAGAACUCCAGCGGCCUCGCUAGCUGGUUUGGCCUGCGGAAGAGCAAGCUGCCCGCCCUCAGCCGGAGGCCAGAGCCCCCCAAAGUCAAGGAGGGCAAGCUGGUCUCUCGCAGGCUGGAGGCGGAGAGCCUUAACAUUUCCAAACUGAUGGAGAAGGCGGAGGACUUGCGCAAGGCCCUGGAAGAGGAGAAGGCCUAUAUCAAUGGGUUGGCCUUGGACAAGCCGCGUCCCCAUGCCUGUGAUGCUGGCCACAGCCAGCUCACCCUCAUGUACCAGGAGGUGACUGCUGAGAACUUCAUGCAGCAGCUGCUCAACAGGGUGGAUGGGAAAGAGGCACCAUUUGAGGGUCACCUGGAGCAGAAGAAUGAGCUGCAGGGCCUGCAGAGGGGCUUGCAUGAUGCCAAAGACCCCCGGCUCAUCUGGCCUCCACGCAAUGGCAUCGUUGGGCACCUCCAUGCUUGUCCAGAAGCCCCUCCGAAGCUUCAGGAUGUGACUUUGCGAGAGGAGAUGCCAUCUGACGACAGCUUAGCUGAUUCGCAGCACUUUGCAGUAUGUAGCUCUUUGACGCGGACCCUGGACAGCGGCAUUGGCACCUUCCCCCCGCCAGAUUAUUGCAGCGGGAUGCCCUGUAAGAGCGUGCCUAAGUUAAGACCCCGGAUUGGCCCUCAACCAUCUGGCUCUUUCCCAGUUAGGGGCCCCCCUCCCAUCACCAAGGUGCCCCGCAAAGCCCGGACGCUGGAGAGGGAAGUGCCCAGUGCAGAGGAUCUGCUGGGGCCCAGCAAGCACCAAAGCAUGCCAGCUUUCCAUGGGGUCUUAACCAGUGCUGACCCAUCCCCCGGGCAUCGUGAUCGCAGGGGCUGCUCAGGAGAUCUCUGCAGUACUCCCAGCAAGCCACAGCACAUCCAGCAGAGCAAGAAUUGGACUUUCCCCAAUGCCAAAGCCUCUGCUGGCACGGAUCCCUUUCUCUGCUCCCCUCGUAGGAUGGAGGGGCUUCAUGGGUCUGCAGUGGGUUCAGCAUGCAGUGUUGUUGAGAGGAGACGCACCUCAUCGGAUGGGCCCCAGGCCUCCCCGGCCUUCAGCACCAGCAGCAGCCGCACUCCCAGUGCUUCCGAUGUGGGCGAAGAGGUCAGCACAGAGCCACAUUCCAGGGAUAUGGGUCCAGAAGGCCAGCCGGGCCUGGAGAACUCCGAGUCCCUCAGUGACUCUCUCUACGACAGCUUGUCCUCAUGCGGCAGCCAGGGCUGAGCAUGGCUGGGGAUGGGGCUGAGUUUGGGGCGUUGGCUGAUGAUGCCACAUGCUCCUGCCUGGUGCUUCAAAAGGCCCAGCUCUGUCUCUGGGAUUGUGCUUGAGUCUCCCAAACCAAAUCUUGGCCCUGCACCAGAAUAUGACGCGUCUUCCACACCCAGCACUCCUGUCUGUCCCAAAGCAGGGAACUUUAUUAACCAGGGCAUCUGGAGACUUUUCUGUCAAGAAAAGGGGUGAAGGUCAGAGAGAGAGAGAAAGACAAGGUGGGUGGGACAGGAUCUAGUUCCAUGGUUUGCUCCUGCUGAACAGAAUCAAGCCUGCUUAGCUAUAGAUCCUGUGCUACUUUCUGAAGCACCGAGAAGGGGGUGGGGUGGGAUCUUGUCUUGCCUUGCCAAUCCCGUGGCCAGCUCAGUGGGUUUGUAAAUUCAUAUUGGGGAGGGAUGGAUCCAGGCAUCUAGGCUGCUGGGGGAUUCUGCUUUGAGGAGCAGGCCAUCACAGGGAACAAACAUCCACCUACAGUUUCCACCAGCUAAGUAUUCUGGGGCCAGUGUCUCUUUUGCUGGCUGGGAGCAGAAACAAAACUCAGAAAGGAGAACGUCUGCCUCUGUGAAAGCUGCCUUGCUCUUACCUCAUUGGCUGUGCAAACUCUUGCCUAAGCGUAUUACUUAAGCUCCUCUGCUUCUCAACAGUCAGAGAGUGCACUGGGCUUUGCCAAAUUCAGGAUUUCCUUCCCAAGGGGGAUGAGGAGCAGGAGAUAGGGAUGUCUUCAAUCCACCUCUUCAGUUUGAGAGCCAUGGCUGCUGGAGCAUACCAAACAGAAGGUGGUGGCGAAGGGGGAGGAGGAGAAGUGUUUGGAAGUAUACUGUCUCCACCCCACCUCCUCCAUUACUGUGACUCCCAGCAGUCUCUCGGUUUGCUGGGAUCAAGUAUCCAACUUGAUGGAACAGUUCCUCUUUCCCAGUGCAACCAACUAGCUAGGCUGCUUCUCUACCUUAAAUCUGGUCUCCCUGGGUCCUAGAGCUACCAUGGGCUCAGGAUGGACAGUUGAGUCCUCACUCCUUCCGUGUAAUGUUUUUUAACAUUCAGUUAUAAAUGUUGCUGUUCAGUUUUCCGCACCGUCAUGCCACCUCUUCUGUCCUUUCCCUGUUUUUUCAACGGGAACCUUGCUGGUUUCCUCCAAUGGUGCUAUUUUGCUGUGUACAGGCCUUUCUCCUUAUGAGACCUUCUUUGUUGUCCUUUUUAAAUUUUUUUAUAAAAUUCCGAUGUCUUUUGCUCUUAUUUAUAUAAGUUAUUGUGAAAUGAGGCUGUUUGUUGUCUUUGCUCUCCCAGAAAAUAAAGGGGAAAAAGAGA